AACAGAGGAAACAGUUGUUUCAUGGACAAAACCUUGCAUUUUGACCCUUCCAGCCGACUAAUGAAUCUACGAGUAAUAUCAUUGAAAUCACACAUUCGAUGACGUAGUUGCCUUGUCUGGAAUGCAGGAGCAAUAGCAAUGUGCCUUCUUUGCCAGUCAGCAUGGUUAACAUUGCUUGCCAACCCAGAACCAAGGAAACGCUUUCCAUAGAUAGCAUAAGACUUUCGAUAGAUAUCGGGUGACUUGGAGUGGAUUGAGUUAACCAACACUUUUCUUACAUUAUCUGGAUGGCACACGUAAAUUCUUUCGUGGUGCAUUGUCCACAGAAUAAAAAUAUUUCCAUACUGCUGGCAGAGUUCUAGAUGCCACGUGUGGAACGCUUUGCCUUGCUUGUAUCGCUCUCUCAGUUCAGAGACGUGGCCACGAAAAAAAUCCUUGAUUGGCGGACCGGGAAUCAUCCGAAAAUGAUAGCGCUUACGAUAUAGCAAUACUGCUAGAGCCGUGAAUGACAAUGCGAUGAGGCAAGAGAAGCCCAGUGCAGCACAGCAAAGGUAGACGAAUAGCAUCAUCCUAGAGAUCUCGAUGCUAGCUAGGAAGUAGUGCACAAUAGCAGCCUGGACUGAAGCUCAUGCAUUUGAAGAUCACUCCUCUCAGCUGGACAACGACGGUAUGCAGCCUUUUCCAGUGCAGUGUAAAUCAAAGUAAACAGCAAGUCCAUAUGGGCGUGGUCUUAGUCCCCACCUACUCCAGAAGUAUGAAACCAUACUUGCGCUGUAAACAUUCCAACCUAAGGGUCAUAUUACGAGUGCCUGCCUAAAAGUUGAAGUUGUACAGAGAAUGGGUGUAAACAUGUGGUGUAAACGCUACUGUUUGCCUCGAUUGAAGGCCAAAUGGUUAUAUGGCUGAGAAUGACUGAGGCGGUACUUUGCUUGAUUACCGGUGACGCACGCCUGGAUGACUCACAUCAUCAGUCAGUAAAACCCGAAACGGCAAAGACAAUAACAGUUUGCUAGACAUUCAAUUCGUGAGUUUGACUGCUUUUCUGUUCUGUUAUUAACUUAAACGGAAACGACGGAAUCUAGUUGCGAUGGAAUUGAAGCCUUUACGCGACAGCGUGAAAUGCCUUCUUCAAGAGCGCUCGCUGCUAGAGCAGCACCUCAAAUCAAUUCAAGCAAGACGCGUGUCCGCAAACGGCAAACUUGAACAAGUGAACUUCAGAAUGCGUCAAAUGGCUGAAAAGAGUACCAAGGUGGCGGAGUCUCUUGGUAUGGCCUUACAGAAAGUUGAUCAAACUCAAUUGGAAAUUUUGAAACUCGGUGACCUGACAGACUCAAACAGAAAGAGACUGGAAGAUCUCCAUCGUUUUGCAGAAGAGGAAAGAGUUUGUCAGGCAAACGACGUGAUUGAGUUUGAACAAGUUAUGGCUGCAUUGACCGACAAAUUCAGAUCAGCUCCGAAAAUCUACUCUGAUAUAUUAAUGCAGACAGAGCUAUCAAUGUUGUCUCAGAAGCAGGCAGCAGCAAAGGAGACUGUGGACAAAAAACGACAGUCUGUUGAAGAAACAAGAGAAAAACUAGAGAAGAUUCUUGACCGAAACGAUAAGCUUCGAGCAGUUUCUGAAAUUGAGGAUGACACUUGGAAGAUAGUUGUAGACAUGCUACAAGACGAAAGGAGCAGAGCAACAAGUGAGUUGGCUGUGAGAAAGCAGAAACUAGAAGAGCUACAAAUCUGAAGUGUAGACCAGAGUGCAUUUAACUUUCACGUACACUUCUGUUCUUAUUUUAGAAAAUUAGUCAGUUUAAAUAUUUAAACUUGAUUUGGUGCUGGGAAGAAACGAUGAUGACUGACCCUUGCAACAUCUGUAAAGGUAGCCAGUCCGCUGUCUGUUCCAACCCUAAGUGAUG